AUGUCUAUAAAAAGAUCAGCAACACAGCAGGAGGAGUUUCAUAACACAGAUUUAGAGAGUGAACGGCUAAAAAAGAGAAUAUUCACAGAUCUUGAGAUCAAGAAGUAAGAUGAAGAGAGGAAAGCUUCUAAAUCGCCUGCAAGCGCGAAUAGACUGAAGCCUCAAAAUAAUAACUAAUAAACUCUCCUUAAGUCCUCUCUAGCUCUUUCUCAUUAAGAAGUUUAGGAGCUCUAGGACAAAGGUGGAUAUCUUUAGAAAGAAGGUAUAAAGCAGGCAUUAUUUAAGUUCGUUUAAAACAAGAUUAAAUAAAUCAAUUUUGCAGAAGUUUAGGAGAGACUAAGAAAAGAAAAAGAGGAAUAAAUGAGAUAGGAGAAAUUGGCUCAGAUGAAAAAAUUUAUUUAAGAGUAAAUAAAUUAGCUAAAUUAGAUGGAAAAAUACAGAGAGGAGAGGAUAGAUGAAGCUGUGAAAUUUAUUGAGAACUAACUGGAGAGAAAAUAUUCAAAAAAUCAUCUUGAAUGGCUUAGAGUGAGUAGCAAGCAUGAGUAGAUCAAACCAUAUCUUAAAUAAAAGCUAAUAGAGCAACUUCAAAAUCCUGAUACUGAAAUAUAUAAGCAGACAAUGGCGAAAAGAAGGACUCUUAGGCAAUACUCAGCUACUCCAAUGAGCAAAUAAUUGACUACACCUCUAAGUAAGAAGUAAACUAGUAUAAAAAGGAAAGAUCUUAAAUCCAGAUAGAACUCAGCAAACUAAAGUCUCAGACCUUAAUACAUUUCGAACUUAAACACCUCUCCAGUUUAAAAACUAAAAACUACAGUGGGAGUCAAAGAGAUUAAUAAUGAUUUGAAGAUAAAAUUGAUGAACAGCGAUGAUAUUUUAGCAAUGGAGGAAAAGAAGGUAAAAACUAAAUCUAAGGAUAAGUUACCACCUGAUUCUAAGGAAAUACUACGUCAUAUUUAAAAAAAUAAAUCUCUUCCAUAAUUCAUUAAUUCAAAGUAAGCAUUAGCAAGUGGAGGAGUUUUGUAUAACUAAAUAAAGAAUACCUUUGAUAAGUUUGUAGCUACUUGUCAAGAUGUGCUAGAAAAUGAGGAUACUCGCAAAUUACUUUAUAAAAAAGGAGCUUAUGAGAAUGAGAGACUUAAGUUUUCAUUUGUAAAUCCAGCUACAAAGGAGGCUGUGAAUGAAAUUUUAAAUACUAAUCAAGACAGCAAAUCAGUUCCUUUAAUGGCUUCUUUGAAAACAAAACUUAGGAAUCUAAAAUUCGAUCCUCAGCAUUAAAUGAAAAAAGAUUUGAAGGAAACUUUCGAGACAAUAGAUUAACUUCAUCAAUAGUCAGAAAAUAAUUUUUACUACAUCUUCCCUAAAUCAAAUAUUCAGCAUUAUGCCAAAACUCCAUAACUAAAGAAGAUGGCUGAAAAAUAACUAGUAAAUAUUUGGAAAGAAGGAAAGCUAGAUAUAAAGAACUAUCAAACUGAUCACAGCAAAAGUCAAAAUAUUAAAGGCUUAAGUUAUGAUAAAGUUAAAGAGGUAGUUGCUAGUUUACCAAAUUUGAAUAACUGUAUUGAUCAAAGCUAUCUUUAGAAGCAAAUAAAUAGUCUUGAUGUAGAUACUAUCUAAACAAUAGAAGCUCAAAUUUCUAAUGAUAUCAUUAAAAAGUAUAGGAAUGAUUAAUAGCAAGUUAAAAAUUCAAGGUUUAAGUAUUUACAAAGAAAAGCUAGUGAAGCACAAGAAAAGAUUGACUAGCAAGAUGACAUUCAUUAGUCACAGAUAUUGUAAUAGGAAAAGAGACUUAACCACUCAAAAACAGUGAAAAGAUUCAGAAUCAUCUUAAAUGGUAUGGAAAAUGGAUGGGUAAGUAAAUUGACACCUAAUCCUGAUGAUCCUGGUCACAAAUUGUAUUUGAGAAGAAAUGAAAGAAAUAAUAUAAAGAGAUCAGAGCUAAUGAUGCCAAAAGGCUUCAAUAAGGCCCAUUACUUUGGUAUCUUUGUCAAUUAAAGGAUAUUUUAGGCUGAUUUCAAUAAAGCAGCAAUGAUGAUUUAAAAAUACUAUCGAUUGUGGAAAGCUAAAAAGAUAUACAAUUAGCAAGUCAAUGAAAGAGAGCAGGAAAAAUUGAAGAAACAAUAGGAAAUGGAGGAGAGGAAAAAACUGAGCUAUCAGAGUUUUUACAGAAGAUCACCUACUAAUAUAAGAUAGUCAUUCUAAUCAAAUGCAAACUCUAAUACAAAUAACAACUUGACUUAUUAGGAUGGUUUUUAACAACCAUUAAUAAAGCCAAUACCAAUUGAAACUGAAGAAGCUUCUCCUAAAAAGAGAAAAAAUGUGUACAUAGAUCCAAUGAUACCUAACUAAAGGGAAAAAUAACUAAAUUUUAUUUCAUCAGUCAAGAAUAACAAUGAAAAUUUUAUUAAAACAUUUGGAUAAUUACUAAAUAAAGCAGCUAUAAAUGCUAGAGAUAACUAGAAAAACUGUGCUCUGUACUAUGCUGUAAGAAAUAAAAAUCUUAAGCUUGUAAAAUAAAUAAUUGCAAUGGGUGCUGAUGUAAAUUUACACUGUGAGGGAAACAAUACAGCACUUCAUGAAGCAUUCAAAGUAAAAGACGCUAAGAUAGUUAAACUAUUGGUUUAAAAAGGAGCGAAUGUUCUUCAAGCUAAUAAGAAAAAUGAAAGUGCUUUAUAUUAUGCUGAUGAAGAAAUUUUGAAGGAAUCUGGUCUGAUAUCUUAUAAAAUGCUGAUGAUAUAAAGCCACUACAGCAACGAAUUAGUUAAGAAUUAGGCUCCUAUAAAUUCAUCACCAUUAAGUAGAACUCUAACAAUUUAAUCUAGUAAGUUUAACACAAAUUUAUGA